UGUCUAGACCCUGCCAAAUAUGAAGAAUCCAGUAUUCCACCACCCAUUCGGUUGGUGACCCUGUAUGAACUGUGCAGCGAUAUGCUGCAGGGAGCCCUGGUGUCUUCCAUUGGCUCUGAAGGUCCAGACUCAGAUGUACUACUGGAGGGUCUGAUGCUGCCUUUGGUGGAUCAUGAACACUGCUCUGAUCCGGAGUGGUGGGGUGACAACGUGAAGCGCUGUCAUGUGUGUGCUGAUGGAUAUGAAGUCUCUGGCUGCUUUUUGGUGACCCUGUAUGAACUGUGCAGCCAGAUGCUGCAGGGAGCCCUGGUGUCUUCCAUUGGCUUUUCAGGGUCACAUCCACCAAUCCACAUCCCUUCCAGACAUUUCUCCAACUCCUCCAGCCGUGUGGUCAAUGGUGUGCCUGUAGUGCCCCACAACAAAUAUCCCUGGCAGGUUGCCUUGUUGUAUCUGAACAAUGACAAUGGUUAUCUGUACUUCAUCUGUGGCGGGUCGCUUAUCAAACGGAACUGGGUUAUGACAGCUGCGCAUUGUUUCCCCUAUGAAGGGCAGUACUGGGUGAUGUUGGGUGCACACAACCUUACUUCACUGUCAGGUUCGGAGCAGAUCAUCCCUGUGAAAAGGAUCGUCAAGCACCCAGAUUACGAUGAUGAUUAUGCAUCCUUAGGCUAUGACAUCGCUCUAGGAAGAUUAGAACACUGUGCUGAGCUGACGGACACAGUCCAGCUUGCUACCCUCCCUCCAUCUGGAUACAAGCUGCCACAUGGGACACCAUGCUACCUCAGUGGCUGGGGCUACACAUUGACUGAAGGUCCAGCCUCAGAUGUACUACUGGAGGGUCUGAUGCCUGUGGUGGAUCAUGAACACUGCUCUGAUCCGGAGUGGUGGGGUGACACCGUGAAGCACUGUCAUGUGUGUGCUGGUGGAUAUGAAGUCUCUGGCUGCUUUGGUGACUCUGGAGGACCCCUCAACUGCCCUGCAGAGGAUGGUUCCUGGGAGGUUCAUGGCAUUGCCAGCUUUGUUUCUGGCUAUGGCUGCAACGCUGAGAAGAAGCCCACGGUGUUCACGCGUGUGUCAGCCUACAUUGCCUGGAUUAAGUUU